ACAGGUUGGUCCACUGGUCGAUGCUGAUAUAAAAACGCCGGUCUAUUAAACAGCAGACACAAGCCAGGAGGCAGCAUCCGUCAGGUGAUAAAAACCAUCAAGGGAUAAAAUCCAUCAGGUGGACAAGCGCAAGUGUGCUGACAUGAAGCUGGGGUUGCUGGUGGUAUUGGCUGUGGCGGUUCUGGUGCCCAGCCUUUCGGAGAGCCGGAUUGUCUCCAAAUGUGAGCUAAAAGACCAGCUGAGUAAGGCGAUCAAACUGCCUGCACGGCUUGAGAGGCACAGGGAGAUAAUCCUGGAAAGAGUUACCUACAGUAUAUAUAGGGUGUCUCGUCUGAACACCAGCCUGGUCAGGGUGUUUGGCAAACGCAUGAAUACAACAGCAAAGCCAACAACGGAGGCCACAACUCCCUCAACAUCAGGAGGCAAUGGAACCACCACCGAAGAAAUGACUGGUCCAACUGAUGUCCAACCUGCUACUAAUGAGUCAAUUACCAUCAACCCAAUGAACACAAAUUCAGGAAAUGGAACCAACAGCACUGAUAGUAGCAGACGGAAGCGUGAGGCUGAUUCAGCCACAGAGGGGUCAGGGGUGGAGGAGAUCGUUGAGGAAAAAGAUGAAGAAAAUAGAGGGGAAGAUAAAGGGGAGGACAAUAUAGAAGAAGUGGAGGGCAGUGAGGACGAAGGGGAGGACAAUAUAGAAGAAGAGGAGGGCAGUGAGGACGAAGGGGAGGACAAUAUAGAAGAAGAGGAGGGCAGUGAGGACGAAGGGGAGGACAAUAUAGAAGAAGAGGAGGGCAGUGAGGACGAAGGGGAGGACAAUAUAGAAGAAGAGGAGGGCAGUGAGGACGAAGGGGAGGACAAUAUAGAAGAAGAGGAGGGCAGUGAGGACGAAGGGGAGGACAAUAUAGAAGAAGAGGAGGGCAGUGAAGAUAACGAGGAGGGCACUGAGGAGGAAGGGGAGGAGCCUAAGGAGGAGGAUGAAGGAGACGACAUGGAAGACAAUGAGAGUGGAAAACGUGAGAAGAGAUCAUUCCGCCGCAGAAAGCCCAAGCAGAAACACGGACUAAAACCUAAUAAACAACCAAGACGGGGCCCAAAACCAAAACCAAAACUGAGCCUGAAAAGAAAAUGGGCAGUUAAACUGAGACCUUGGUCCAUUGGCUUUUAUGGGCUCUUCCAGCUGUCUGACAGCUACUUCUGUGAUUCGGGUUAUCGGCCGUCCAUAAAUAGGUGCAAAACAUCCUGCACAGCCUUCACUGAUGACGACAUAUCAGAUGACAUUGCUUGCUUAGUAAAGACUCGAUACUGGUGGUAUCUGGCUAGGAAAGCCCGCCGGUAUAAUCCUGCCAAGGGGUUCUUAGAAGAGUGUAACUGAGCAGCAGCUGAGGCCUUGCAGGAUCUCACACCAGCAACUUCUUCACCAGUUCUGCAUCUGAACGGAGCUGUGAUCCUGAGCUAUCGCCAAAACGUUGUGUUGCGUUGCAUUGCUUUGUUUUAUCGUAGUAAUUAACCUGUGAGAUUUCUUUCCUAAUGUAAUUUCUAUUUCAGUUUUGUUGUGGAAAACUAACAGAUCUUGAAAGAAACCUGAUGAAAGCUGGUUAUGGUGUUGCUUUUUAUACUCAGUGAUUCUAUUGAGGGGGAAAAACAGAAUUAUUCCUGUAACUUCUGCUUUCUGUCAUCUCUUAAUAAAUACGUUUUCCUGCA